UUUAACCUUCCAUCUCCCUCUAGCUAGCGCUUAUUUUUGAACCUAGCACCUAGAGCCUACCUACCUCAGCUAGCUCUCUUAAUGUGUGGCCUUAUCGUCAUUCAACCAUUCAGCCAUUCUACCAAUUCCCAUCAUUCUAAAGAAACCAAGUUACCUUACCUAAGUCCCGGCAUAAAUGUAAACUAAACAAACCAUUAACUGUACAUCUUCAUUUUUUUUAAGAAAAUUAAAAUUUUAGGACUUUCUUACCGAAAAAAAAGAAACAGAACAAAAAUACCUAACAAUAAACAAUAAAUCAAUAAAAUUCAUCCAUGGUCCACGAAAUUCGGCCGCCGCAAAGGUUAGCAGAUCCGCACUUUGCUGGCUGUUGUUUUUAUAAGCCGGAGUUAUGGGUAUGAGCUGGACUGGUUUCUUAUUGACCUACCUCUUUGGUGGUGUCACUUUCAUUCCUCUUGUUAUAGCAGCUGUACUGCUUCACGCGCAUCUCACAUUUCCCACUCGCGAUGAAAAUACGGAAGAAGAUGACGGCAAUGACCCCAACAGCAUCGUUCAGCCUGGUGACGAUACGACGGCCCUUCGCGAGGCUCAAAAGGAAGAACCAAAACAACGACUCCUCGCCGAGUCCGAUACGGCCGCGGGAUACUUCGCAGUAUGUCGUGAAUACACCCCGAUGGGCAUCAAUGCCAAACCGAUAGAGCGUUCUACCCCCGUAGGAUCGACUACUGUCGCUGCGCCGAGCCAGAGUGUAUAUCAGUCUAUGUACAGGAGCAUCUUCGACAGGAAGCAGACUCAUAACCCGUUAGAUGACAAUAAAGGUGUUAGUCAACGACCCAAAAAGGCAGGCAAUGUCUUCUACGUUGUACUGAGACACGGCCACUUAAUGCUAUUCGACGACGACGAACAGCUCGAGGUCCGCCACGUUAUCUCCUUAGCUCAUCACGACGUCAGUAUAUACUCGGGAGGAGAUGUUACCCCCGAAGGCGAGUUGUUCAUUAAGCGGAAUGCAUUGCGCUUGAGCAGGAAGACGGAUGGGAAGGAUUCAACCCCGGACGUACGAGUAUCGAAGCCCUUCUACCUUUUCUCCGAGAACUGCUCCGCCAAGGAAGAUUUCUACUUUGCUCUGUUAAGGAAUCAAGAGCAGAGCUUUACCGGCCAGAACCUGGCUCCGAAGCCCCAGAAAUUUGAGGUUAAGAACAUAAUAUCCCUGGUUCAAAAGCUACAUUCCUCCGAGGAUCAUUUACAGACGAGAUGGCUCAAUGCUUUGAUAGGAAGGAUAUUUCUCGGCGUCUACAAGACCAAGGACAUCGAAUAUUUCAUUAGGGAGAAAAUCACGAAGAAAAUCUCUCGUGUCAAUCGACCAUCUUUUCUUACUAGCAUCACGAUCCAGAACAUCGACACGGGAGACUCGGCGCCGUAUUUUAUGAACCCACGGCUCAAAGACCUUAGUGUGGAGGGAGAGUGCGGCAUGGAAGCCGAUGUUAAGUACAACGGCAAAUUCAGAUUAGAGGUCGCCGCCACGGCACGUAUCGAUCUAGGCCCGAGGUUCAAGGUGAGAGAGGUUAAUCUUGUGCUUGCCGUGGUGUUGAGAAAGCUGGAGGGACAUGCUUUCUUCAAGAUAAAACCACCCCCCAGCAAUCGUAUAUGGUUCUCAUUCCAGUCCAUGCCCAAGAUGGAGAUGACAAUCGAGCCUAUUGUAAGUUCGAGGCAGAUUACAUACACAGUAAUCCUCAGACAGAUCGAGAACAGAAUCAAGGAGGUCAUGGCCGAGACAUUAGUAGCACCGUUUUGGGACGAUAUUCCGUUUUUCAAUACCGAACACAAACAAUGGCGCGGGGGUAUAUUCGAAGGGGACGAUGCCGUGGAUACUUCGCCCGACACAGAAGCUAUCGCCGCUCAACAUGGCGAUGUAGAUGAAGUCAGUCACAUCGAGGGGACGAGCACGGAUGCUCCCCCUGAACAGCCUUCGUUAGAGAAGAGUCAUAGCGUUCCCAUCAUGGAGACAGCCCAAGCAGCUCAACCACAGGGUUUCUGGAGUAGAAAGCUCAACUCUAAAAAGAGUUUACUGGGAGACGGUAGUCAAAGUCCAUCAGCAUCGACAACAGCGUUCGAAGCAAAGAGCCCGCGAAGCUCUGCUACAGACGUGUUGCACACUCCUCGAUCAGGGUCCAUCUCAACGUCGAGCCCUAUCGUCGGCACUGACCCCGUGCACGCAGAAACUUUCAGACCUUCGUCAAGUCCACCAGACCGCGAUGACGCGUUCAGUGCCAUGGCACAUCUUUCUGCCAGGUCCAAGAACACAUCACCAGCUCAUACACCAGCUCAUACACCAUCGGGUUCGCCAGGGAAAACACGUUCUAUCUCACAAACGAUCAACGGUUCUUCCAAUUCGUCCUCUGAAGCUGUUCAUGAGGGGCAUGAAGAUGAUAAUACCCCUACAGCCCCGGCCAGAUGCCACACUGCCUCCUCCACAGGAAGCGCCGAGAGCGAUAAUGGGCCGUCCAGUUCCCCUGCGCCAUCUAGCAGCAGAAAUUCGGUGAAAAGUGCCAGUGGGUCGAUAGGCAGAGGCUUCUUCUCACGAAGAGAAAAUACUUCCUCGCCGGCAAGUUCCAUAAAUGGGACGUCAGAGGGCAAGCGAAACACUCUUGCUGCCGUGUCUAACGUUGCCGCGACGGCGAAGAGAUGGGGCUUAAAUGCGAUACAGAGACAGACGGACAAGAAAAGCAACGCUCACGGACGCAAUCUUUCCGAUCCUCCAAUAGAUCUGAAUCAGCCUAUGGGACGCGGACAACCGUUACCACCUCCCGGCACGCCUCUGCCUGGUCCCGGGAAGAAAACGUCCCCAAUUACUAUCAUGCCCAAGCGGAAGCCUAUUGCUCCCCCGCCAUCGCUAACAAGACAGAGCACCGGCGAUUUACAUGAUACGAACAAAUUAGAACGACGACCGGUGCCGCCACCUCCGCUACCAUCAAGACGCAGGCGUAUUUCGCAGAUUCACGCGGCUGGCAACGAAACCAACAACGAAGAUAACGUCCUCGUCGUUGCGGCGCCGGCAGAUUCGGAGCCGAAUAGCCCGUCAUUCCAGAUUGGCGAUCACGACGAUCCCAUGUCUUCGCCUGCGUACGUUCAGCCUUGGGUGGAGGACGCGGAAGAGUUGAAUGGUAACGUUCAUGGAGGCGUAGAAGGCGAAAGCGAAGACUUGAUUCAGAUGGAUGUAGACGACGAGGAUAAGGCAUCUUCACAGACGCAUAUCCCGCCUCCGGCACUGCCUCCUAGGAGACAAGCGAGCCAUGAGGAAGAGCAGCAAGUGGAAAGACAAGAAGAGGAUGAAGGCGAAGAUGGGUAUACGAAUUGGGUGGAAGGACCCGAUCCCGAGUUUGUUACGUCGCCUCCUUCUGACGCUCACGCCGUCAAUACCCACGUCACUGCCAAUACCACAACUGUCAAAUGAGAUGGAAGGGUAUGGCGAUUAGCGUUUACCACAUAUAUAUACGUUCACAUGCAUGUAAUACCUACCUUAGGUACCUACAGAAUUCAGCCACUCCGGUAGGCGACGUCCGUCAGAUACAUGACACAUCGCAUAAUCGAUACCUGCCUAGGUAUGGAUGGAGUGCACAAGUGUGGGUGGUGGUAUUUUGCAUACCCUCCCUAAGAUGUCUAUUACGCUGGCUCGACCGUAGUUCGAAGACGACCAAGGCUAAGUCUGUAGUAUAUUCAAGACAUUUAGAGG